AUGACCACCGAAGAGCUUGAAGCUACAUCAGUCGAACCUGAGAUUGCUGAGCCGACUCCUGCUAUUCCAGACUAUCUCACAUCUCCAAAUGCUGUCUUCAACGAUGAAGGAGUUCAGUGGCGUUACGGUCGACCUCCGGACUACUCAAAGACUCGCAAAGUCUGGGCCGAGGGCAAGACGAUGAACCACACUGCGGGCAGCUUACCACAAUUGGUCGAGAACCUUGUGAAGAACUGGGAAGUGGAAGCCUCUUUCAAACCCAGACUAUCAGAUUGGCGGACUAUCGACCAUGCAAACUACUCCUUCGCAAUGGGAGGAGGCCCGGCUCAAACUGCCGAGCACAUGAUCAAAGUGGGCACCUAUAACGGAAUCAUCGCGCCGAACGAGUACUACAGCCCAGAGAACUCAGACUUCAACUCCAGCCAUAAGACGUUUAAGCGGAUGAUGCCUACCUUUGCGUGGGAGGUUUUGGAAGUCUACAGCGGUCCACCUCGAGUCUCUUUCCGCUGGCGCCACUGGGGUGUCAUGAAGAACGAUUACAUUGGCUUCAAUAACAAGGGAGAAAAGGUCACGGCCAAGGCUCAUGGCGGCCUGAUUGACAUUCAAGGCGUCACAGUCGCGGAUGUCGACGAGAAGAUUCGGCUGCAAGCUCUCCAGACAUGGAUGGAUCCGCUAGAGAUGUUCCGCCAAAUUGCACCGCAAGGAGUUGUCAGAAAAGAUGCUAUAAAUCGCAAGGUGGAUCUGGAAGCCGCGCUCGACGACAACGAUGAGCAAGUGGCGCCUGAACACAACAAUGAGGCCGAAGYGCCAGGGGAAGUACCGGCACAGAUGCCCGCUUCCACCGAGUCACGCACAGAGCCGCUCUCCUGUCCCAUAUUCGACCGUAGUACAACCGUAUCGGUGAUCGAUUCCAGUUCGUCUAAGACGGAGGGUGUUGACACUGUUCCUGCCACGCCUGGCAGUGCUGCGACAUCCGGCCACUCGGGACAUCCAGACCAAACCUCGCAGUCGGAAGCCUGCGCCAUCGUGGAAGUGGCCACAACCUACACAGCGGAGGUCCAGAUCCAAGAGCCCAAGUCGAAUGCGCCAGAAGUGAUACAGCCAGUUGCUGCUGCUCCUGUCCCAGCCAGCAUGUCUGAUCACAUCCUCUUUGAACAGACAGGACAGUCAAUCGCCGAUGCGCAACGAUCUAAUCUCUCAUCACCGGUCAUCGGAAAUGUCGAGGAGGUCUCACUUUCAGCUGGGCGAGGCGAAGUCAACGAUGCGUCAAAGGCGAGUGGCGUGUACGAUGUUGUCGAUGAGCACCUUGAUAAGCCUGCUGAAGUGAUUCAUUCUGCUAGACAUGAGGUUCUGCCUGUUGAUCAUGCUUUAGCGUCUGGUCCUCACAGUGAAGAGACGAGGCUUGCGCAUGAGGAGAUGAGCAAUAUGUCAGCGUUUGAGUGCCCGUUUCUGCAGAACCGCGAGUAG